AUGAACCAAACACAACAGCUCCUGCAGCGUGCUGCCAACCCACUGCUACCGGCCCUGAGUAAGAUAAAGCAGAUGGCGAGGAAUGCUCACUCAAUGGCAGGCCGAGCACAAAAUUUCAUCAGAGCUCUGACGGAAUCUGUGCGGCAUGUCGCAACUAUUGCAGCCUUUGAUCGAAUUAAAAAGGAGUUUGAAUUCAACAUUUCUACCUCCAUCAACUUUGGCCUGCUUCUGAACAACAGUCAGUCCAUACAGGAUGCUGCUCAGGAGAUCAUGGAGGAGGUGUCAGAGGAGCUGGGCCUCCUCCAGGAGCUCAAGCUUCUACUGGCAUACUUGGGUUUCUUCCUGCUUCUCUUCAUGUAUCUCCAGGCCGUUUUGUACAAAAAUCGGUACCUUCAUAAUGAUAACUUUGAAAACAUCUACAUAACUGACAAGUUUAUUGAGCUGGACAGGAAGCGCUCCAGACAGGGCAAAGCAGCUGUUCUUCCCCUCAGCCACAGAGAAACUCUCACCUUCAUCAGGCCCUCCUCUCUGUAUCUGACUGUGAGAGAGAGACGGGCUAUAGCAGGUCAGAUGCUGUCUUUGCUCAGGUAUAUGGUCAUGACUGUCAUACUGAUAGCUGUUGACCUCAUGGUGUUCUGGGUGUUUGAGCUGGUACACCACCAGGCCCAGGGUGAAAUCGUCACCCAAGCUCCUGUAGUGGUUGCAGUGAAUGUGAAUGGAUCUGGUUAUGCCUCGGAUAUCUUUAGGGACAUCGCAGCCUCAUUUGACGUCCUGCAGAAAGGAAACAUGACUGUGCUUAGCAAGAAAUGUCUCAUGAAGCCUUUGGAGCCAGACUACAUGAGAUACCUGCUCAUUGGUCUUCUUUAUGGCUUCGCUCUGUUUAUUGUGAUUGCUGGUGGCUACGUCAAACAUUUACAGAGGUUUGUGUGUGCCAGACAAUUAUGUCUCAUGGAGGAGAAACACUUAUGUAAGAGAAUCCAGUACCUCCACAGGCAUAUUCUCACUCAGCGCGGGUCUUUAGGAAAAGCCCUACUGAGGGCUGUACAACGAAACAGUAUAGACCAGCAACAUGAUGGCAUUAUACCAACAUUGGCCAAACACCUACCAGGGGGUGCCAUCAUAGCCAGGCUCCUGGAUAUCGGUAAAGAAUCGUGCAUGGCCUGUGGGAAAGUGUUGAAGACGAGAGGUCAUGAUGACGAAGUGCAUAUCUGCCCUACCCCUCGCUGCACAGGCCAUUACUGCUCGCUGUGUUUCAGACUGAUGGGGAAGCUCUGUGCUUUCUGUACGGCACCCCUCACAUUCCACGAGGACCAAGAGCUAGAUUCCAGUGAUGAGGAGCAAGCCAGUUUAUGGGAGACCGCUGUAACAUCACCCCAGCCUGGCCAGAGCACAGGAGAGAAAAGAGGAAAAGAGAGGAAAGGAAUAACGAUCAGUAUUUCCAAUCAGGAUCAUUCUAUAUGGAUCAAUGGCCAAACCGGCCAUCAAAAUGUCGAGGUUAAUAACAGAGUUUAA